AUGGAUGUUUCCGAACUCUGCAUCCCUGACCCUCUCUGCUACCACAACCAGUUGCUAACCAGAAUGCCAUCUGAGGACCGACAUCUGUCCUCGAGCUGUGGUUCUUACGUCAAAACCGAGCCCUCCAGUCCUUCCUCCUCACUCGUCGACACCGGCAGCCACCACAGUCCCAGUGGCAACUCCGACGCUAGCGGCGGCUACAUCAACAGCAGUGGUGGACGCUCGCACGCCCUGGACUCCCCGCCAAUGUUCAACCCGGGCAUGCUGGGAGGCGGCAGCGCCUGCCUACGCCGCUACGAGGAGUGCUCCGGCAGCAUGGCGGACGACUCGCCAAUCAAAUGCGAGUACAUGCUCAAUGCCAUUCCCAAGAGGCUGUGCCUGGUGUGCGGCGACAUUGCCUCAGGGUACCACUAUGGGGUGGCCUCCUGCGAGGCCUGCAAAGCCUUUUUCAAAAGGACGAUACAAGGGAAUAUCGAGUACAGCUGUCCGGCCACAAACGAAUGUGAGAUAACCAAAAGGAGACGCAAAUCAUGUCAGGCCUGCCGCUUCAUGAAAUGUCUUAAAGUUGGAAUGUUGAAAGAAGGCGUACGUCUGGACCGGGUGAGAGGCGGGCGACAGAAGUACAAACGGAGGUUGGACGCAGAGAAUGGAGGCUACCUCGGCCUCACUCUCCCCCCUCCUGCCAAAAAGCCAUUGACAAAGAUCGUUUCCCAUCUGUUGGUGGUGGAGCCGGAGAAGAUCUACGCCAUGCCUGAUCCCACCAUGCCCGACGGCGACAUCAAGGCCCUGACCACGCUGUGCGACCUGGCCGACCGCGAGCUGGUGGUCAUCAUCGGCUGGGCCAAACAUAUCCCAGGUUUUUCCACUCUCUCGCUGGCAGACCAGAUGAGUCUCCUGCAGAGCGCCUGGAUGGAGAUCCUGGUGCUGAGCAUCGUGUUUCGCUCGUUGCCCUGCGAGGAUGAGAUCGUUUACGCGGAGGACUACGUGGUGGACGAGGAGCAGGCGAGGAUUUCCGGCCUGCUGGACCUGCACGUCGCCAUCCUGCCGCUGGUGCGACGCUACAAGAAGCUGCGCAUGGAGAAGGAGGAGUUUGUCACGCUCAAAGCCAUCGCCCUCGCCAACUCAGACUCCAUGCACAUAGAGAACAUCGAGGCUGUCCAAAGGCUCCAGGAUUCCCUCCACGAGGCCCUGCAGGACUUUGAGGGCUCCCAGCACCCGGAGGACCCUCGGCGGGCAGGCAAGCUCCUCAUGACCCUGCCGCUGCUCCGUCAGACCGCCACCAAAGCGGUCCAGCACUUCUACGGCAUCAAAAUGCAGGGCAAGGUCCCAAUGCACAAACUAUUCCUGGAGAUGUUGGAGGCCAAGGCUUGACACCUGGGGCCAGAUGUUUGACAGGCAGCUGCAUUGCCCAAUGCGAGGCGAGAGACAGCCCGUGAAAACAAAGGCAGCGUGUCGAUUGACAGUGAAGGGAUGAAGCUUUGGACUACUGAGUCAUUUUAACACUUUUAAAUCGUAAUAACAUAAAGAGAAAAAGGAACUGGAAAGGCUCGAAUAUCAACCUGAUUGAUGUGGGAUCACGAUGAUGUAUAUAAAGAUGUUGUGUACAGAAAUCAGGCAACUAAAGGUCUUGUUAUAACCAGAGACCCACUGCUGUAUAUCACCUGAAGCUUCUGUGAAUUUGUUUCUUAUCUUAUUUUCAUCUCAAAAUGAAAAGUGUGUUAAUAUAAAUGUCCUGAAGAACUGCGUGGCUACGUGACGGCCACAUUACGUGUUUUUUUGUUUUGUUUCUUCCUUUGGUAUUUUCUAAUCUCAGUUGUUGAAGCAAUAGUCUCUAACUGGUCUGCAUAUAAUAUGUGUACUGUAUAUUGUGUGAAAUUGCACUGGGCAGGGGGGGGUGGGGAGAAAUGUUAGACAUAUUCUUAUAUUCGUCAUCAAAGAAAGCGCCGCCCACCGUGGGCGUGUAACUCGACUUCCUCGUAAUAUAUUUACCUCAUAGUAGCUUCAUCGACUCGGUGGUUAUGGUCAACUCGGUGCUUACAGGAGGAGAGUGGCUGGCUGGUGAUCAUAGUUCACAAAGUGUUUGCACUAAGCAUCCAUGAACAACGUGGCAAUAAUGGGUGUUAUUGCGUCUGGUAGCAAAAUGAGCCUCGGGUCGUCGUUUGUGCUUCUAGAGACUCACUCAUCACUUCUCAUUGGCAACUAAAACAUACUGUGAAACACACACAUGCUAAGCUAAACUCUGUGCUAAGAUUUUUUUUAUUCUCAUAAAACCUUUAUUUUUGGAUAAAUACAGAUCAAGGACACAACAACAGCAAUGCAGUUUAAUGCAAUCUAAUAUGGCCGGUAAUGCAACCUGAUAGCCCUGCAAUAAAACACACCUUUGUGAUGAUUGUAACAUUCAGUCGUGUCUCAAAGGUUCGUAUUCUACUCUGUGCUCAUUUUGAGUCUAUAUGUUGUGAUGGUGCCGUAUUACAUUGCGAUAUAUUGUAUACGUUUUGCUUUUUCUUGUGUCCAACCCCCCUUUGUUUAGGUUACUCUCAAACAAGUGUCACAAUAUUGAAAGCAUCGGUUUUCACAACUGAAAACAUCAGGAAUUAAAAUGUCUGAUAACUUAAACACCUGGAAUCAAAGAUGAAUCAGCAGAUUAAUCAAUUGUGAAAAUAAAUAUUUGUUGCCAUCACAAUCAGGCAUCAUUUCUCUACUUCUGUUAUAAUUUGACAAAGUUUUAUUUCCUAUAUCAUCAGAGAUAACGUUUGCCUAUGCAUAAACAGCCAAUGUAGAAAGAUAUUGACACACAACUGCAACAGAUGAAAAAAAAUUGUGGGCUACGACAAAUAAUUUUCCCUUUGAUCAUUUGAUCGUUCUGAGUUUCAAUGUGAAAAGAAUAAAAAUAAAAACUUUAUGUCAGACAGCAGACAACAAACCUGGUUAUGUUUAACACUGUAACAGAUGCCUGGUUUAAAUGUUUGUGUGCAACAAUAUAAUGACACAUGUUUCUGAGCAUAACUUGAAUUUCAUCUCUCUGCAUUAAUAAUUAAAGAUAACACGAGACCUCAGUUUACAGAUGUUUUCUAUCAAUUUUGAGCUCGUCUUUAAUGACGGCAUGAACUCAUCAUUCAGGCUGUAACUGUACUUUGUGCAGGAUUUUACAAACACACUCUGACACAAGCUAAGUUCGUAGUCGACAUAUUCGAGACAUGACACUAGACUUUUAGAGUGUUCUAUCUAUCUAUUGUAAACCAGUUGCCAAAUUAUUCAAAGAAAGCAAUCAGAGUAACGUGGCACAGUUAUCAACAUAUUUCUUACCGUUCUGAUAACCUGAGCAGGUUGGAUGGAACGAAAUAACACGAUAAUAGAUUAACGAGCUGCUCGUAGGAUUGUAGUGGGAGAGAUAUUCUUCCUUAUGAACACUUUCUUGUCUUUAAAGUGUCAAGUGCCAUUAGCUUCUGCCCAAACAAAACGAAAAACAGACAAAGCCAAGCGAUCAGUAACUACAGACAAUCCCCACAGGAAACACGCGCUAUUGAUUCCCCGUAAUGUAAUGCAUAGAUAAUUAUAACCCAAUACAGUAGAGAAUACAAUUCCCAUGAUGCACUCCCCUCAAAUGUGUAACUAGCUAAUCCUUCCCCAGUUGAAGUUCAGGGGAUGAACCACCUUUGUACAGUAGCAAACCAAAGCUGAGUGUCGUCAAAUGGAGCGAAACAUGAGUGAAACUGCAUUUUGAGCCAGAUGUUACACUUCACCACUGUUUCCUCAUAAAUAUGGAUGUUAUUUAUAAUAUGUCAUUCAUAGUAAUAGCGUCAUUCUGCUGAGUGUCCAGCUGUGUGUCAUGUUUUCAUACUGGAGACGAGCUCCAUCUGUGUUUGGCCCAAAAAAACUUGACCACCACAGACAAACGGAUCAGAGCUCGGUCACGUAUACCUCCUCUGUGCACUUUAAAGACUCAUAGCAGAUCAUUUUUUCUCCCCAACUUUCCCGUCACCCCAAAUUAAUAUAAGAAAAAUAAAAGAAAAAAAAACGCCUAAUUUACUUUCCGCGUUCUAAAACGGUUCGACUACAUCCAAUUAAUUCUAAUUGUCUCCUAAGCUGAAAUUCUCAAUAGAAAUGGAGCAAUUAAAUUCCUGCUUUGGUUCCACCUUGGGGACGCGAGACGUUUUAUUUCGGUUGAUGGCGGGGAGGGUUCGUCUAAAAAACCUUUACAAAGGCGAUUUCACGGGUGUCUGUAAUAGUUUUCGUAACGGAGCGAUCACUGCGCUAUGCAAUGGCAAAUAUGGCCACCUAUGUGUUGUGGGGUGUCGGGCUGACAUUUAGCUGUGCUUUGUUUACAACAUGGACAUUCUGUAUAGUGCUGUACGCGGCAAAUGUAUUGUGCAUAUUUCCCUAUAUUCCCUAUACUGUAGCUGCUGUGCGUUGAUAUAGCGAUGAUCAUGUGUUUAUUUUGCCUGUUCAAUUAAUUUUUCAUGAUGUAGUAGCAACUUCAGCACCACUUUAGAAUCCACCUGAAUAGCUGUAUAAUACAAAUCACCUCGCUGAGUCAAAAGGUAAUUACUCAAGUGAGAAUAAGUCUGUUCUAUUUGUCCGAGGUGGGAUAUUCUCUUCUUUUAUUUGUGUUUUCUGUGUCUGUCUCUGUGGAUUUUUGGUUCUCAGCACAGCAGGACGUAUAGCGACUGAAGUCGACCCUAUACCUCAAUUCAUAUUUUGAAAAUUACACUGGGUUUGGAAGCGGGCCAUGGGCUCCUCCUGGGAAUCAGUGGCACAGAAAUAAAGUGACAUCACUGACUGGGUAUUAAAAAAAAUGUAGAUGAACCUACUGCAAUUGGGGAGCACAUUCCUCGGAGGAGAAAGCUGCUUAUUCGCUGUUCCAUUUACAGACUUAUCUUAUCUCCAUGCACGCUGAGAUGACGAGAUUUACAUAAAGCAUGGAGGAACCUCCCCGGCCAUCCCGGUCCGUGGUGUUUGAUGGACCCUGCUUGGUGUACGUACCACAGACAUGAUUACCCAAGAGGUUUACUCCCCUCAAAAGCAUUAUGUUAGCAAUUGUGAUGUAUGGAUCAAGCUAAAAGGAAGCUUUGGUUCAUUUUAAUUAUAAACUUACCCAACUCUCUGAAAAAGACACACGCGUUCACAGUGCUGAAAACAAAGGGACGAAUAUGAAAAAUGAACUAAAAGGGGAAAGACGACCACAGCUGGGUUUCACUGGACAGUAUCGUGUGCCAUCUUCUUGUUUUUUGUUUGUUGUGUUCAUGCCUACUGUACCCAUGUGUAAAUAUAUGCUUUUUGGAGUGAGUCAGAUCUAACAGUGCACUGAAUGUACA